AUGUUUAGCCUGCCUUCAAUUUUCAAAUCUGCAACUUACCAGGGUUUCACUGUAGCUUGUUCGACGGCUCUCCAAGUAUGCGAGAUUAAUGAAGAAAUUGUCUCAACUCCCAAGCUUAGAACUUUACUUCGGAAUCGUGGUAGAGAUACUUACUUACUUUCGCUGAACCAUAAUAAAAUUCAAGAUUUCGUGUGUCCAGUAUUUGUCAAAUACAUAGCAACCAACUCAAAAAAACAAUCUUUUACAGUCUCAUACCUCAUUAAUUCAUGUGGGUUGUCUCCACAAUCUGCUUUAAGGGCAUCCAAAAAAGUGCAAUUCGAAACUUCAAAAAGACCAGAUUUAGUGCUCACCUGGUUCAGGAACAAUGGCUUCUCAGAAACCCAAAUUUCAGAUCUCAUCAGAGUCCGUCCACGACUGCUUUUGUACAAUCCUGAGAAAACCUUUUUGCCAAAACUUGAGUUUUUUCGCUCUAAAGGCUUCUCAAGUCUUGAUCUUGCAAAAAUAUUUUGUUUCGGUCGUAUCUUGGAAAGUAGCUUAAAGAACCGUAUAAUCCCUUCCUUUACUUACCUUAGUAACUUGGUUCAAUCUACUGAAAAGACUAUUACGGUUGUUAAACGUUUUCCACCUAUUAUUUAUUGUGAUCUUCAAAAUGGUCUUCCUCCUAAAAUCAAUUAUUUGCUAGAUAAUGGUGUGCCUGAACCAAAAGUUCUUGUGUUUCUUUAUAACUGGCCUAAGGCUUUUGUAAGCUACCCUCGUUUGAAAGAGGCUGUGGACUUUGUAAAGAAAAUGGGUAUCACUCCUUCAAUGUCACAGUUUGUUAUAGCUAUUUGUAUAAUGUCGUUUACGCGAAAAUCUGAGUGGGAUAAGAAGUUUGAUGUUUACAAGAGGUGGGGUUUGUCUGAAGAAGAGAUUCUAACAGCAUAUCGGAAAAACCCUUGGUGUAUGAUGACAUCUGAGAAUAAGAUUAUGGCAAUGAUGGACUUUUUUGUGAACAAAAUGGGUUGGGAGGCUUCUGCCAUUGCUAAGCGGCCAGGUCUUUUUCAAUUGAGCAUGGAGAAGAGAAUUAUUCCUCGUGCUUCAGUUCUUCAGUAUCUGUCAACCAAUGGUUUGCUUAAGAAUAAACGUCUCUCGGCUACACCGUUUAAGCUAUGUGAAAAGACCUUCUUGCAGAAGUUUGUGAAUUGUUAUGAUGAAGCUCCCAGGCUAAUGAAGCUGUACAAUGAGAAGCUGGAUCUUUCAAAGGAGAUAAACUGA